AGCGGUCGAGCGGUCGAGCGCCGCCUCAGUCGGGCCGGGGAGCGAGGCGCGCGCCGCUCUCUUCUCUGUGACGUCCUGCGCGCGUAAUUAUUUCCAUUGAGCCGACGGAGCCCGAACGCACCCGAACUGCGUCGAAGCCGACCAGUUCUACAUCUUUUACUAGUACGCGGCUGCCACUUUACACGCGCGCUCGUAGCCACGAAACAUUAAUUUGUUUUUUAAUAAUAUUCCUAACGCGAUAAACACCGCCGUCCGGUGCAUAUAUUGUGUGACUAUGUGAAUGUACCGACGGCCAGUGGAGCUCGAUAGCUAGACCCCUCCCGAGUGAGCCGUUACCUGUGCAGUGUAGUGAGUGCAUAUCGUUUUCCAUUUCGACCUCGUUUACGUGACUUUGUGAUUUUACUGGACGCGAGGCCGGCGCUCCGGCUUUCUAUCGGUAGCAUAGGAGCACCGAGAGGUGGAAUCGAUGAGCAUUCGCGUUCGAAUAGAAUGACAAUUCGUCCAUUGAUCGGGCUCAUUCCAACCAAAUGGUGACUGGAUGACGAUAUCGGCCCGUUCUCCAGACAAAGAGCCAUCACCGCCGAAACAGAUCAACUUUGCAGAGCCACUAGUGGAGUCGGUGCGAGUGUACCUCGCCAAUGAGCUGCCUUCCAAGGAGCUAGCGCUCGUGCCGCGAGAGCCCACACCUCCGCCUUCAGUCGCCCCGCAGCUCUGCGAUGUUGACAUAGCCACCCACACCGCAUGUGAAGAAAUCAAAGGCAUCAACUUCGAACCGCGUCUCAAACGAAAUGACUUAAACAACAACGCCUCGCGACAGCAAAACGAAGGUAGACAAAACGGCGGCAUGCCCAGCCAAGCAGAACUGAUGCAACGGCAACCGCUGCUGGCGCGCGGCGUCAAGAAAGAUGCGCCCCAGCCGACAACCGACGAGUCCGACCCGGACCAAGAUCACUCGCCGCAGCGGACGCACACCGGGGACUUCAUUGUGGAAAUACCCCCCGGAACCGUCAGAGAGGAGAGAUAUCCAAAAGAAAUAUGGAAAACGAUUUUAUCAUUUUUCUUUUUAUUUCUGUGUGUGUGCAUCAAUAUGAUGUCGCUGUCGUUAGUGCACGAACGAUUACCAGAUAGGAACACGACGGCUCCUCUUAAUGACAUCGUACUGGACAAUAUAGAAGCCAGAGACUGGGGCCUGGCUGUGUCGGAGUAUCUAAUAAUGAUAUCGACGACGGUGGCCACGCUAGUGGUCGUCUUCCACAAACACAGAUUUAUUGUGGCUCGAAGACUGUUUUUCAUCAUCGGCCUGCUCUACCUGUACCGGUCGGUCACCAUGUUUGUGACCGUUUUACCGGUGUCGAGCACUACGUACUUCUGCAGCCCCAAGAGCAACAACACGACACCGCUGCUCGUCAUCAAAAGAAUGUUUUACCUAAUAUCAGGCUUCGGUCUGUCUAUCAACGGAAAACAUACAUAUUGUGGUGAUUAUAUAUAUUCUGGACAUACUAUGGUUCUUGUAUUAAGUUAUCUGAUUGUAGCAGAGUAUUCACCAAAAAAAUUGUGGCCCGUGCACUGGGCGAUGUGGGGCUCAGCGGUACUGGGCGUGUCUUUUGUCCUAUUAGCGCACGGACAUUAUACAGUGGACGUAGUGAUCGCCUACUAUGUGACUACAAGAUUAUUCUGGACGUUCCAUUCGUUGCUAGUGACGCCGCACCGGAGCGGCAACGGCUACAACCACUACAUGAUUCAGCGCGAGUGGUGGUACUGGCUGUUCACGUACCUGGAGCGGAAUGUGCGGGGGCCGGUGCCGCGGCGGUACGACUGGCCGCUGCCGUGGCCGCGCACGAAAUUGUUCAGCCGGCUCAGCUAGUGACGCGCUCGUGCGACGCUGCCACCCCCGGAACGCGUAUGACGCUCACUCACCUUUUGCGAGUGCCGCUUCAGGACCUGCAGCUCCUUUGGGCUGGUACGCGUGCAAAUGGCCAGCGUGAGCGUGUAGUCGAACUGGUGUACAAUCAGGUUCAAAUAAACGGUCUCCUCCCAGUCGAUUUCCGGAUCACCGAUGGGCAAUUUCUUCGAGUCCUUGCGAAAUACUUCGACGUCAGUCUGCGAACAAAAACAAUGGACAGAAAGGAUGAGGGGACCGGUGAACCUUUGGCACGUGACUCGUUUGAUCGGUGGCAAACGGCGUCGCCGAACGCAUUAGGCUGUGCUUAGUAACCGUUACAAUAUGAUGUGAGGCAGUGAGCGUCCGUCGCGCGUGUAAUGUGACAACUCGAUCAGAGAGAGCUCAUUACCCAAAGCGAACUGUUCUACUUUCUGACAACCUCGUACCUAUGCUUUUAUUGUUGAAUAGAACUAUAAGAUUUUAAUUUUAAUUGACAGACAACAAUACGAUCAAAAUGUCAGCUGUUGAUAGAAUUUUUGUUUUUGUAAAUUGUAUAUUUUAUAAGUGGUUAUUGUAAUCAAUUUAAAAAUCAGCUAUUUAUUAGCGAAUGUACUGUGAUCAGAUGAUGCGGUGGAUGGGACGGGAUGGCGUUCGCUUGUGAUCGCGGACGAGUACAGAGUAGUGCAUAGUCGUAAUAACUUCAUACUAUAAGAAAUAAUAUUUUUAUAUUGUUUAAAAUAAAGUACAUAACUGUUGUUGAAACAUACUUUUUGUAUUUCCAAAGAUUUGUCUAAUAGAGUUUUGUAACAUUCAUCCAUAUGGUGCUAAACUAGAAAUUAAAUUAAAAAUUUCAAUGAAAUAAAUUUAAGUACUUAUUCGCACCUAAAUCCUGAGAGUAGCAUAUCUCGUGGUCACACAUCGUCGCAAAAUUGUCCAUUGAUAAGUUUCAAUUUAAUUAUUUUUUAAACGUUGUGUACAUAAGUAUUGGCGAGCGGCUAGCGACGUGCGGCCACCGACCGUGGUGGUGGUGGUGGGUCGGCAGUCACAUUGCAAGCUCUUGCUAAUACACCCUGCCCAAGUGUUGAUUUGUUUUGUACAUCUAUUACAAUUGUCUACAGCAUAGUAUAGUCAACAAAUAGAAUGUGGAAAACUUCUACAAGUUACUGGAAUUCCAUCACGAGUACAUUAUUCAUGAAGUAGUAGAUAAUCAACUAAUAUCUCAAUAAUAUCAUAUAAAAACACAUCCUAUUCAGACUACGUAUACGAUAAUUUUAUCAUAAUGUUGAUACGAUAUCUCUGUAUGAUAACAUUAAUAUUUUUUUCAUAUCAAACUGCCAUAAACAGAUAUAUACCUAUACAUACAAAAUUAUUAUAAUAUAAAUGUACGAGUGGACAGAGUCGUAGUUUGCUUUCCAUCAGUUUACUGUUCUAUAUAGCAUAAUAAACCUGACAAGGUUUUCCUUCACUGGGCCGCUACAUAUACUGUGACAAUGGUUGUACAAACCUACCUCGUACUUGGGCAGGUACCGCGAGGAGCCCUUCACGUGGCGCUUCCUAACGAAGAACAAGAGAUCGUCGCAGUCGAUCGCCUGCUCCUCUUGAAACAGGAAGUGACGCACGAACAGAUCUGUCCAAUAUGUUGUUCCUUGCAGCACUACAAAGCCACUCUCUGAAACACAAACGAGAAAGCAUUCAUGUUAACCGUGUUGUCAGUUCCGAUUGUAGCAAACUUGGAAUUCGUGCUGCUCUCACUUGAUUAUCAAAAUAUUGAUUAAGAGAUAACAUGAAUUUUAAGUUUCAAAAUAUUCCUUUAAAUAAAGAGCACAACGUUGGAUUACAAAAUUCGAUCCAAAUAGUUUGUAACAUAAUAUUAAAUUAGUUAACAAUGUAGAUAGAAAUGGAAUUGUCUGAUGUUAGAUUUGUGUACUGUAAUGUUUUUAUGUAUGUAAAAUAUCUAGGGACCUGUCGAUGUGUCGCUUGUAAUGUAUUUGAUUGUAAAAUGCAAAGUGCCUUCAAUGUAAACACAAAGAAAGUGACUGUUUUCGGUAGUGUAGGGAAGGUUUAUGUUGCUCUAGUACACAGUAGCGACAGCGACAUCACAGCACCUGCGUUACACAAUGGUUUUUACUUUGUUACCGCUGUCUGAUUUAUUACCUGCUACUGAGGUUAUAAUGUAAAAUUUAAUUUAUUUUAUUUAUCCAAUGUAAUUAUCUAUUAUUUAACAAUAAACUAUCUGCUCAAAUUUCUCUCGACGCGAGAAUUACUAGUAAUACAUACAUAUUGUAAUAUACCAAUUUUCAAAUUUCCAUAAUGUGUAAAAAUUUAUUCUAAUUUCUCAUUCACUGAGCGAAUCAACAUGUUUGUUUUGCACCGAUACUUUGUUAUUCUGUGAUUUUUGCUAUUAAUUCUCCUUUCAUCAAAUAGCAUUGUUUUUAUAAAGAAAUACUAAACGAAAACAAAUACCUGAGUACCUGAUACAAAUAAUGUUGUACCUACAAUAUCGCUUUCACACAAAAGAGCUAUUUAUUGCGUUGACGCUGAAUCUCAGAGUAUUAUCAGCUGUAUAUACAAUGCUUCUGUAUAUGCAGCUUGCCUUAUAAAUUGUAACUUAAGGGAAUGCCUAAUAGAUCUCUUAAAGUAUUUUUAAUGUAUGUAUAUUUAACUACCCAUAGCAGUAUACCAAAUAGAGUAAUGUGUUUUUGUAUGUGUGUAUAUCAGAAUGGACUAUGUAGUGUUACUGCAAGGCUCCACAACAUUCAGUCUUGGCUACAUCACACAUGAUAUUUUAAUGUUAUCCAUCAAUUAUAUAUUACGUUAUUCCUUGUAAAUUAUUUAAAAAAUAAGUAAUUACUUUUCUGUGUCUAUGUUGUCUUGGGAAUAUAGAGGUGAUAUUAUAACAUUAUUUAUAUAAAAUAAAAGAAUUAUGCCAUUGAUAAAUAUUAUUUUAGUGCAACAUUCUGUAAACCCCUACUUGAACUUGUGUAUUGGUUAACAAUAUUCCAAAAUUAUAAUUAGCGAUAGCUGAGCGAUGUACACAGAUUUCGCUGUCCUCAGAUAUUAAAGACAGGAAAUGUUGCUAUUUCAUGUACAAAACUAAACUACUUAUUACAUUAUAAUACGUUCCCACAGUAUGGGAAAUUAAAUAUGUGUUCAUUUAUGGCAUGAUCUAGUUGUGUGCCAAUUUUCAUCCAAAUUCGUGAAGCCGUUUAGCUUAAGCACUCGAGCUAGGAAAGUAAUGUUAGGAAUGCUAUUGGUGGAUUUCAGAUUUUUAUACCUUUUUCGUUAAACAGUAUAGACAGUGCAAGGACUAUAUAAAUAGAAAUAACACUAAAUUCGCCUUUAAAUAUGUCAAGAUAAUAUUUUUCACUUUUUAUUGCAAACCAGCCGAGAUUGAUAAGAUUAUCCUGGCCGACAUUCAAACACAAACGCACACGCCAAAUUACGGGCAGGCACCAUAGAGACAUUGUUAUGCGUUACAUUACAACAUUAGGUAGUAAAUUGUUAUUUCUGUCGUACAACUCUUCUGUCCCAUUCUGUCCCUGGCCACGAUAAUAUAGUGGUUGCUACACCACGACAUGCAUUGAAGAUACAUUAAAUCGUUUUAAAGUCUAUAAGAUUUCUAAAUUUUUUUUACUCCUAUUAUGUGUCUGCAAAAAAUAUUCCUAAUUCUUUCUCUCUCUCUCUCUCUAUGUUUGAUAAUAUACUUCAAGUAAAAUGACAUCUAUACAGAAAUAAAUUAAGAACAAUUUGUUCUUGGAAAGUUAAAUAAGUGAAUAAGUUAAAAAGAUUUUAGUUAUAAAGAGGCUCUAUGGGAGUUGAAAUGUACUGUACGAUUACUACAUUCCUUGUUUGUGCAUGUUGCCUUUAUACGGAAGAUAUGAAUGAAAUAGACGAAGAUGUACGGUAAACAGCAGAACAUCAUAGGUGGAACGUGUAUCUAUAACUAUUUAUACCAAUGCUGUUGUAUUUUAAAGUUCAUUAUAUGUGUUUUUUCAGA